AUGAAGAGAGAUACAGACAGUCUAGAAGACAGAGCGGUUUGGGCGAGAGAACAGACGUGCAAUAUUGUAGAAAAGGACACUGUUCAAACACCACCGCCUCCUCAGCCAUACUGGAAUUGGGCUCCUCCAACCGUUAAUCCAGUAGUGCCAAGCCCAGUCACUCCACCACCAGUGGAUAUUACACGCGCUAGUCCACAGUUGUUGGCGCACAACACGGCAAGGAUGAUUCGUGAGAUCGCAACGUUUUCCGACGUUCACCACGGCGCUAAUGACGACUACGGUGCUGUACAAACGAUAAUGGAAGCGUUUUUCCAGUCACUUGCCGAUCCGCAACCGGCGGCGGCAGCGCAG